AUGGCUCUUCUUUUUAUACUUGAUGAUGAAGUUGUGAAACUAUCGCCCCAUGCUCGUGCCAUUAGAGACGUAGAGGAUGAAGAGCUAUGGAGUUUUUUCUAUGGCAUGUCCCCUUUGCAGUUUAUACUUAUGGUUGCUGCAAGUUCAGUGGGAGAAGAGCUCUUCUAUAGAGCUGCAGUUCAGGGCGCACUGGCUGAUAUAUUUUUACGAGGCAGUAAUCUUAUGCAAGAUGUUCGAGGAAUGGCGUCUUUGACAGGAGUUCUGCCGCCGUUUGUUCCAUUUGCUCAAGCACUUGCAGCUGUACUUACCGCUAUCCUUACUGGUUCUCUCUAUUACGUCGCAGCCUCUCCUAAAGAUCCUACCUAUAUCGUUGCACCGGUUUUACAAUCUCGCACCAGUCGUCAAGAUUUGAAAAAGCUCUUUGAAGCUUGGUAUGAGAAAAGGCAAAUGAAGAAAAUCUAUUCACCACUUCUGGAAGGACUAUUGGCGCUCUACCUCGGUUUCGAGUGGAUCCAAACAAAUAAUAUUCUUUCUCCGAUUAUCACACAUGGGAUUUACUCUACUGUUAUACUGGGACAUGGCCUUUGGAAGAUACACGAUCACCGGCGAAAACUAAGACAAAGAAUCCAACAGCUGAAAUCAGAAGAAAGAAAUUCCAACUAG